GCCCCACACCCUAGCACAGCAAUAAUGUCCCUCUGACAAGUGGGCCCCACUCCCCGUCCCCACCAAACCGGACCGCUCCUCCCACCAGAAGCGUCGUCGUCUCCGCCUCUGGAGGCAGCGACGCCGGCCGGUUGCCGCCGCCGCCUACCCUUCCUCACUCCACCUCUCCGACUAAUCGCCGCCGCCUUCGCCGCCGCCGGAGGCCUAGAAUGGCGUCCACAUCCGCCGCGGAGCCUGGCGUCCGGUUCUCCGACCGAGCGGCGAGGAGGUCGUCGCUGGGCCUGAGGUCGAUGGUGCUCCUGAUGCACGUGGUCUUCGUCGGCGCCGUCUUCCUGCUCGAUCCGACCCUCGACAGGCGAAUCCGCGAGGAGCCCUGGUACAUAGGGGCAUAUGGAGCGCUUGUUUUGAUCGCCUUAGUGCAGUAUUUCUACACAGCUGGUUCAUCUCCUGGGUAUGUUCUCGAUGCAAUGAAAGCUGGUUCGACGAUGCACGCAACCUACAUCAAUACUGCCACUCUUUCGAAACAAUCAAGUCCAAACAAUGGUAGCUUAAAUUCCCCUUUGAGCCUCCCUCAACAGCAGAAACUUAAUCCGACCACUUCUACAUCAACAUGGUUGCAGCGAGUUGCAGAAUUAUACCCCCCUGGGUCAAGUAGCAGGGAUUGGACUUGCACUUACUGCAGGGUUAUUCAGCCACCUCGUACUAGGCAUUGCCAUGACUGUGACAAAUGUGUCCUUCAGUUUGAUCAUCACUGUGUUUGGCUUGGAACAUGCAUUGGGAAAAAGAACCACUGCAGAUUCUGGUGGUACAUAUUUGAAGAAACAAUCCUGAGUAUCUGGACAGUUGCUCUCUACAUUGACUCGAUACGUUUAGAUGUUGACAAGGCCUGGUGGAAGGAUUUUAUUGGCGUAAUCCUGUUGGCUGUGUUGAUCUUUAUUCUCAUAUUCUUGCUACUAUUGUUGAUCUUUCAUACUUACAUCGCUCUUACAAAUCAAACAACCUACGAAGUUGCCCGAAGGAAGCGGAUAUUCUACAUGAGGGGUAUACCCGACAAAGUUCAUCCAUUCAGUAAAGGCAUCUGUAGGAACAUCUACGUCUUCUGCUUCUCUAGACAGAAGGGAUAUGAUCUAGAAGAGGUGCCCCCACUUGAAGAGUUGGAAGCCAGAGCUGCUCCCUACACAUGCCGCGAUAUAAUCUGCUGCCGGUGCUGUUGAUCUUGUACAUGUCAAUAUAUGUUACUACCAUAGCAUUCUUUUUUUCACAUGUGGAAGCAUAUGCUUAGCCUGUGUAGUGUAAUUCCUCUGCCUUCUUUUUUUUUAGCCUGUGGAAGCAUGCAUGCCUUUUUCGUGAGCUGCACCUAUGUGGUUGUUCAUGUAAAGAGAGUCAGGCCUGGUUGUUCAUGUAAAGUACAUGACCGCAUGUACAUUUUCAAGCACAAGACGUGUGUCUGUGUGGGCUUAGAUCCAAUCGUUGUGGUAGAUUAGUUCCACCAUUUUUCUUUUUGAAAUCAGGGAUGGUUGAUUACUGAUAAGUUGGUUUUGAGCACACAAGCUUUAGUAGGAAACCGUUACUACUUGUGUCGAAAAUUUGUAUUCUGAGUUCGAGUUGUGGCAGUAAAUGUUACACGUGGUAUUUGUCGGACGUAUUGUAUUGUCAAUGUCAGGCACGUACGCAAUGCUGAAGACAAGUGCUGCGUGUUCUCGGUGGUUUUUUUGUA